AACUGGUGUUGUUCUUAGUUAUCGAUUUAUUUUAGGAAUCGUUGUCGUUGUAGCUGUUGUUUUUAGAAUCUUGAAGCGAUUUGAAAUUUCUAAAGAGACAGCUUCGAAAUUGGCAAUGAAUAGGGUUCUUUGGGACUUGGUAGCGAAUAAGAUAUUGAAUAUCCGAAUAUUUGAGAUAUUAGCCACAAUUGAAACUUUAGAUAUUGUUAGAGUGAAAAGAAUUCGUGAAUCUGCUUCUUUCCAG